UGGUAGCUAUCUAGGAUGCCAUGUUUAUUCCAUUAUCUAGUCUUAUUUCAUGUUAUUUUACUUAUUAUGUUUGAACACUGCUUCUCAGAGAUGCUUGGCACUAAAGGUGUUUUAUUUUUGUGUGUGCAUGUGUGUUCUGUGAGUACUCAUGCAUAAGUAGAGGCCAGAGCAGGAUGUCUGUGUAUCCCACUGUCUUAGUUUGUUUUCUGACACUGUGAUAAACAGCAGGACCAAAAGCAACUUGGGGAAGAAAAGGUUUAUUUCAUUUUAUACUUACAGGUAUUAAACAGUACAUCCGUGGGGGAAGUCGGGACAGGAAGAAACCAUGGGGGAAUGCUGCUUAUUAGCUUGCUCCUCGUGGCUUGCUCAGCUUAGAUUUUUAGAACCAGGACCACCUGCCCAGGGAUAGCAACACCCACAGUGGCCUGGGCCCUCCUGUGUCAAUCACCAAUCAAGAAAAUUCCCCUACAGGUCGAUCUGAUGGGGGCAUCUUUUCAAUUGAGAUUUCUGCUUCCAGAUGACUCUAACUUAUGUCAAGUUGGUGAGAAAUGAACCAGCACACCUGUUCAUUACUGUGCCUUAUUCCCUCUGGAAGGGAUCUCUCCGUGGAUCUGGAGCUGGGCUAGCAACCAGAAACUCCCAGUAAUCCUUUUAUCUCAAUCCCAAGAGUGAUGGGGUUACAAACACCUAGCUUUGUACACGGGCGCUGGGGGUUUGAACUCAGAUCAUCAUAUUUGCAUAGCAAGCACUCUCACCAAAUGAGCCUCCAUCUUUCUUCCUUUGUUUCUUUCUUUCUGUUUUAUGUCUUUUGGAAUGUUUGCAUUCUUCUGGGGACAGCACCCUAGACUAAACAGAAAUUUCACUUGUGUCUCAUGCCCAUUUUACACACAUAGCCUAGAGGUAUUCUUGGUAGUGGUGGUCUUGUUUAGUUUUGUUUUUGAGACUGGGUCUCCCUCUGUAGUGCAGGCUGCCUUCAAACUCAUGAUCUUCAUGCCUCAGCCCCGUGUGCUGGGACUACAGGCAUGUACCACCACGUGGACCCAGCAACUGGAUCUUGAUUUGUUCCGGAUCACAUGCGUGAUGUGUGACUCAUCACAAGGUCAGGAACAGAUUUCCACUUUUGCUGCCAUAUUGGUGCUCAGAAUAUUCCAGACACUUGUGCAUCUGGGAUUUCGCAUUUUCACAAUUAGAGGAUGUAAUAGCUAAGGAUUAACUCAGAACCCCGAGAGGUGCUACCACCAAGCUCACCACUCACCACCCUGCAUACCGCCAGCCCUGCCGGGAGCUGGGGUUGAGUCGGGGCAGGAAGUAACCUUGUAUUCAGUCCCCAGCGUCCUGAGAGGCAGAAGGAGACCUUGGAAGGAUACCUGGGCAGGAAGCUCCCACACUGAUGUGAGACUCAGGAAGCACCCAGUCAGUGGACUGAAGCAUUCAGGAGUAUGACUGCUGUCUAUAGCCUGCCUGCAGCCUCUUUGCUAGAAAUCCCUGGGUAGUCCCAGCUGCCACAGAAAAUUGGUGAGGGGUCAAGGGCAGCUUUCUGAAGAUCCUUGAUAGACCCAGGAUGGAACGGGCCUUCCCCUGCUGCAGGGGAAGGAGUUUCUCCAUAGCCCCUUGUAAGCUAAGCAGCUGCUCCCCCAGGUGGAUCCCCUUGGCCCCCAGAGGCUGCCACUUCCUGCCUGAUCCAUAUAAAGGCCUGGCCCCAAGCUGGCCGAUAGGGAACUCAUAGGGGUUGUUGUGGGUGUCUGUGGUGACAGACAGGAGCCUCCAUCAUGGCCUGGGGUUGUUUUGUGGUCCUGCUUCUGCUGGUGGCAGCUCCCCUGAGAUUGGGUCAGCAUCUGCAUCUCAAGCCUGGCUUUCAAUACAGCUAUGACUGUGGGGUACAGGGCAUGCAGCUGCUGGUGUUCCCCAGGCCAAACCAGACUAUCCAAUUCAAGGUGCUGGAUGAAUUUGGGAACCGGUUUGAGGUGAAUAACUGCUCUAUCUGCUACCACUGGGUGAUCAGUGAGGCCCAGAAGCCCGCAGUGUUCUCAGCUGAUUACAAAGGUUGCCACGUGCUGGAGAAGGAUGGGCGUUUCCACCUGAGGGUGUUCAUACAAGCUGUACUACCCAAUGGCCGUGUGGAUACAGCACAAGAUGUCACUCUGAUCUGUCCCAAACCAGACCACAUCUUGACUCCAGAGUCCUACCUGGCACCACCCACCACACCUCAGCCUUUUAUACCUCAUACUUUUGCCCUUCACCCCAUCUCUGGCCACACCUUGGCUGGGUCUGGCCACACUGGUCUCACUACAUUGUACCCAGAGACCCAUCCAACUCCCGCUCCACCAUCCUCAGAACCUGGACCUGUUGGACUCACCGUGCCUCAGUCCCAGUGGGGCACCUUGGGGUCCUGGGAAUUGACUGAGCUUGAUUCUAUAGGUACCCAUCUGCUCCAGGAGCGGUGUCAGGUAGCCUCUGGGCACAUCCCCUGCAUGGUAAAAGGUAGUUCCGAGGAAGCCUGUCAGCAGGCUGGCUGCUGCUAUGACAAUACCAAAGAAAUGCCCUGUUACUAUGGCAACACAGUCACUCUCCAGUGUUUCAGAAGUGGCUACUUUACCUUGGUCAUGUCGCAAGAAACAGCCUUGACACACGGGGUCAUGCUGGACAAUGUCCACCUAGCCUAUGCCCCCAACGGAUGCCCCCCUACCCAGAAGACAAGUGCUUUUGUGGUUUUCCAUGUCCCUCUCACCCUCUGUGGAACAGCAAUCCAGGUGGUUGGUAAGCAGCUCGUCUAUGAGAACCAGCUGGUGUCUAACAUAGAGGUCCAAACGGGACCGCAGGGUUCCAUCACUCGGGAUGGUGUCUUCCGGCUUCAUGUUCGCUGUAUCUUCAAUGCUAGUGAUUUCCUGCCCAUCCGGGCAUCUAUCUUCUCACCACAACCACCUGCCCCUGUGACCCGGUCUGGACCCCUGAGGCUGGAGCUGAGGAUUGCCACGGAUAAGACUUUCAGCUCCUACUACCAGGGGAGUGACUAUCCCCUUGUGAGACUGCUCCAGGAACCAGUUUACAUAGAGGUCCGUCUCCUGCAGAGAACUGAUCCUGGUCUGGCUCUCAUGCUUCAUCAGUGCUGGGCCACACCCUCUGCCAGCCCCUUUGAGCAGCCCCAAUGGCCCAUUCUGUCAGAUGGGUGUCCUUUCAAGGGUGACAACUACAGAACACAAAUGGUGGCUGCAGACAGGGCAACGCUGCCCUUCUGGUCUCACUAUCAGCGCUUCACCAUUGCCACCUUCACUCUCCUUGACUCCAGCUCCCAGAAUGCCCUUCGGGGACAGGUCUAUUUCUUCUGUAGUGCCUCUGCCUGCCACCCUGUGGGGUCCGAGACGUGCUCUACCACAUGUGAUUCUGAGAUAGCAAGGCAUCGACGAUCCUCUGGUCACCACAAUAGCACUAUCCGGGCCCUGGACAUUGUGAGCUCUCCAGGAGCAGUGGGCUUUGAGGAUGCUCCUAAACUGGAGCCUUCAGGUUCCACCAGGAACUCCGGUUCAAGACCCUUACUCUGGGUGCUCCAACUGCUGGCCCUCACCCUAGUCCUGGGGGAUGGUGUCUUGGUGGGUCUGAGCUGGGCCUGGGCCUGGGCCUAGAAGUUCUGGGAAGGCACCGGAAAUUAAAUGGGCUCAAUAAACCAUUGUUUGAAAACUGAAAGCUGAUGUGGGGAAGUUAUUUACAAACCUGAUGUAUGUCUUUUCCAAGAGUGUAGGGUGUUUGAGGAGGAACAGGGUCUUCUCACUCUACAGCUAAGACUGGUUUUGAACCCAGUGAUUCUUCUGCCUCAGCGUGCUGGGAUUACAGGGGUGAACCACAUGAGAAACUUGUUCCUGGGAGUCAGUAGUGUCCUUUCAGAAUCGUGACCCCUAUUAUACAGUCAUGUUAUAUUUCACCAUUUAUGGCAGCUUCUCUGUUAAAUUACCACAGAGGUGAGAUGUUCCUGUCACUCAUGAUGUCACAGCCACCAUAACAGUGAGAUGCAGUGCCACAGAUAUGUAUAAGCUUGUGCCGAGUGUAUAUACUAGUAGAGCAUGUAUGUGCAAGCAUACACACAGUACAGAAUACUUGACUACAUCAAAGGACUGAAAACUGACUUACAUAUUCCCUGUACUGCCUUUUUAACCACUAUUUUAAUCUUUUAACUUUUUUUUAACUUGUACAUGUAGAGGUCAGAGGACAACUUUGUGGAGUCAUUUCUCUCCUUCCCCCUUGACACGGGUUCUGGGAUUUGAACUUGGGACACUUGCAGAGCAAGUGUCUUUAUGUGAGGAAGUCACCUCAUGACCUCUGCCACUAAUUUAUAGUUGUAACUCCUGCUCGAAACAACUAAAACCGGACAUUCAUGCCAGUAGGUUACUUGUGUGUAGCUUUCCAGUCUCAGGUUUACCACAUUCCUGACUGGAUCAAUAGGCUACAGGAAAACUGAGCAUGGUGGCCCCUGCCUUUAAUCCCAGCAGGGGCAGAGCAGGCAGAUCUGAGUUUGAGGUCAACAUGGUCUACUUCUGACUUUCUGUACAGCCAAGGUCAUAAGACCGUCCCAAAAAACUAAAGACUACGUGGAACAAUUGACAAAACGUUUUGUUCCUAGGGGAGAGGUGAACAUGUGUGGGAGUCAGAAGACACACUAUGGGGUCAGUUCUCUCCUUUUACCUUUAAAUGAGCACAAGAGAUGGAACUCAAGUUGUCGGGUUUUUUUUUUUUUUUCUUUUGUGGGCUGAAUCCCACUAACCCACACAAUGAAAUCUAAUGCCAUCCUCAAAGCAACUUAACAUAUGCCACAGCCUGGCAUUUCUCUUUCCCAGGGCAGGGUAUGGAGAGAAUGCCACUAGGCAAGGGAAGGUGGUCAUUCAGGCACAAGAGCAAAAGCAGAGAUGUAGGAGGGAACAUUUAAAACCUGGCAGUCAGCAAAUAGCAGCUGGGAGCUGAUGGCCUAGCAGGAACUUAUCUAGAUGUGGGUGUCCUCAGAGCACCCGCAAAGCUGCCUUCCCGACCGGAGGAAGUCAGAAGUCCCACGGACAGCAGAAUCAUCAAGCCUGAACUAACUCCCCAGUCCCACUGCAUCCACCAAAGGAUACGGGA